AUGGCUCGUAUCAGCAAAUCCAAAGCUGCAAAGUUCAAUGCACGCACCUUGACCAAGCUUCAAGCGGCCAUCGAGAAGGAUCCGGAGACUGACCUAACAGCGAAAUUGCCCUUGAGGUAUUCCGAUCGUUUGAAUGAUAUGCGCCAGAAUGCCCAGAUUGGCAAGUAG